ACACACACACACACUCGCGGAGAGCGGGGGAGAGAGAGGGAAACAUAGAGCUGGAGAGAGUGAGAGAAAGCGCUAGAGGUAGAGAGACUCUGCUCAAGGAAAGCGAGAGCUCCGCGGUCCCGGUGCGUGAGAGUCAGUGUACGUGUGUGUGAGGAGCCGGGAUGUCUCCCACACGCCGUGCCCAAAACCAUGGACGCCUCGAUCGACGCGGAGAUGCGGGAUAGAUUCUCCUCAGCAGCUUCGCCUGUGUCCGUGUGUGAGCGCGUGUUCUCUGGAAUCAGCGCCAGCUCUGCACCAGCACGUCCAGUGGAGACGCAGCUGAGGCACCGAUUUGAGUGACAGCUGGGGACGCACGCAGCGGAGGUGUCGGACUGGAGCUGGGUGAAUGAUCCCCAGGGAGGACGACGACGGCAGCAGCUACUUUAAAAGAAGGAGCAUGGCUUCCACGGGCAUGCAAAUAUUUGGAUUUGUUUUGGCUCUUCUGGGCAUCAUGGGAGCCAUGGUGGCCACUCUGCUGCCCAACUGGAAGGUCAGUGCAGAUGUGGGCUCCAACAUCAUCACCGCCAUCUCUCAGAUGCAGGGGCUGUGGAUGGACUGUACGUGGUACAGCACCGGCAUGUUCAGCUGCACGCUGAAGUACUCGGUGCUUUCGCUGCCGGCGUACCUGCAGACUGCCCGCACCACCAUGGUGCUGUGCUGCGUGCUGGCCGCCAUGGGCCUCUGCCUGGCCUCCCUGGGACUCAAGUGCACACACUGGGGAGGCGGCCGGCGCUCCAAGCAGCACGCUUCAAUAGCCAGCGGUGGAUGUUUAGUGGCAGCCGGCUUUCUGUGUCUGGUGCCGGCUUCCUGGUUCACCAACGAGGUCAUCACCAACUUCCUGGACUCCAACGUGCCCGAGAGCAAUAAGUUUGAGCCUGGGGGCGCAGUGUACGUCGCCUUUGUGUCAGCGGGAUUCCUCCUCAUGGGGGGGUGUAUAUUCUGCAUGUCAUGCUCCGGGAAGAGGCACGGACCCCAGGACCUGAUCCUGCUGCCUCCCCCUGACAAACUGCUGCUGCAGCAACAACAGCAACAGCUGCUCCAGCAGCAGGAGCUUCAGCACCAGUACUGCUCUCUCUCCCCUCUAGACAAUAAAACGGGCUACAGCCUGCAGGACUACGUGUAAUAAACCAGAACUGUGUAUGCUAAAGCUUAGAGAUCAGCCUCGGGAGGAGGAGCACGGGGGGGGCAGAGCUUAUGCUACAGAUUAGGCUCGAAUCCAGAAGGUUACGGAGAAUGAGGAAGGCGACAACUUGGGAUUCAUCUUUUUGUGUUCUGCAAGCACAAGCUGUGGAGGUAUUUCCUGACCAGGAGCUGUGGAUUGCCGCUUGCCAAAUGCAGAUAACUGUCAUCAGUAAAUCACUGAAAGCGUUCCCUGAGGAAUGGAUUAAGCAAAUAAGGACGCUGCUCGUGCAGUUCUCUCCAAAGGUUUGAAAGGAAAGAAAGCAAUCAUUUAGCUGCUAUUAACAAUCAUCCCAUUUGGCCGAACAGGUGCAGUGUCACCUACAAGCACUGGGUGGAGGUGUGGCUCUUCUUUUUUUGUUUUGAAAGGGCCAUCACUUUGUUAGCUAGAAGACUGGCGUUUCUACUUUGCCUCUGAAGCAUGCUGUGUGGAGCCUGUCUGUGUUAUUAAUGCAGCGGAAUGCCAGUAGAUGACUGAGACAUAGCCACACAAUAUGCCUGUGCCUGAAAAGCUGUAGAAAUAUUACCCUGUUGUAACUGUAGAAAGACUGUCAGGAGGAGUAGACGUGGGAUGCUGGGGUGAGCUGCAGACACGCUCGGCGAGGGCGCAUAGGAAAGAGGAAUUGACAAGCGCGUGGACUUUCUCUGUCUUGAUGUCUCUCGAAAACAAAAGCAACAUGUCUGUAAGUAGCAGCUGGCUGUCCGGAACAAUCCAUGCAUUUGUCGAAUGAACACCAGCAUGCUAUUAAACCCCCACACUCGCACAUGUGUUUGUGUACACACAAAACCCUCAGACACGCUUUGUGCAAGCUCUUCACUCCUGCCAUCCUCCUCCACACUGCCAUGGAAACCAGAUUCAGCAUUCAAGUGUCUCUCCGCCGUCUGAUUGGUGCGUGUCAGUCGGUGAUUUGAAGUUGCAUCUUUUCCCGCAAUCUCUUGAUUCUAUAAGCUUUAAUCAGAAUCUCGGCUUAUUACAUGGACUAAUCCUCCGUUAUCAGCUGGGGACAGGAGGCGGCGCCUGUGUUGCGUGGUUAAGAAAAUGAUUGGUGUCCGCCGCGACUUCUGCCUUGAUGUUGUGGUGGCAGGAAACAAAGCGGAAACACAGCGAGGAGCAGGGGCUUGUUGAGUCACGGCUGGCUGGAUAGCUUUGUGGGAUGGAGCUGGAGAAGGUUUGAGUCAGUCUCCAUAUGCCACUUGUUUUGGAAAUGCGUCAGCAGCACUACGUGCGCAGACUGGUUUUGAUUUCCUAAAGAGCUGCCGCGUGACUUGGAUCCUAAUUUAGUCAGGAUUCGGAUGAAAGAAAUAUCCCAAGGUCUACUUGAUAAACCAGAUAUACACAUGGACUUGGAAACACAAUAUACCGUAUCAACUUGUUAAGGGGAGCAAAGCAUUGGAUUUGGUUUUGAUACUGUAUGGGAACUGGCAGAAUAUAGUCUUCUGCGGAUCAAACCUCCCCCUUUGUUUUUUAACUUUAUUACUGAACCAAAUUAAGGUGUUAAUAUCUUUUCCUUUGCUUCCCUUGGCUUACAAAAAGACAAGUGUUUCUGAAUCUCUCGCAGGAGAAAGUAGGUUGCAUUGGGUUGCAGGGAACGCAUUAGAUUGCUGGGUGUCUGCUGGAUAAUAUUGAGGUUAAGACACAGACGCAACCUGAAACACAUUUUGUAAGGGAUCAUUAAUGAUUAUCAACAAUCGCACGUUCUUUUGUGUUUCUAGAGAAAGAACUCUAGAGAAGUUGAUAGCUAUCAAGCCACUUGGCACAACUCAAGAUUUGCCAUGUCAGCACAAAACUGAACACAACACAAACAUGAUAAAGUCUGUGGUCACUUUAACACUUAUGGCAACGUUAUGUUAUACAGGUAGGGAAGACAGAAGCUCAUUUUAUACAUAAAAAAGUUGAUUUUUUUAGACCUAAACUCUGUGCAAGAAGUAUAGCAAACGUAGCGCUAGGUUAUGCAUUCAAGUAAGGAUAUUUGUACCUGCUGGAGAGUGAUGGGAAAUAAACUUACAAACCAAAAAUCAGAACUUCAGCAGAGGCUCUCAAGCGGUGGAGGCACGGCAAAACUCUAGCCAACCUAAAUGCAUAGUUUAUAAACAGACAAAAGACAAAAAGCUGCUUCAAAACCGUUUAACUACUGAAGAAAUUCUGUUCCGUCGACGGUACGACAAACACACUGGCUAUCACUCAGAUGCAGUAUUUUCGGGGCUAAUCCAAAAAGAAUCCUGAUGCUGAAUAUUGGAGUACUGCUGCCUGUGCACUUCAGCCAGUCAACACACCCAUGAAAGUGUUGCUCUGAGGGAGGACUGCAGGAAUAGAGCUUUUGUGUCAGUGAUGUGUAGAGCUGCGCAGUGUCCCCUUCUGUCUCAUAAGCACUGCUUCCUGGGGAAGAGCAGAUGGCUAAGCUGAGCUCGCCACCUGCAGGCUGCUGCUGGGACACCACAGGCAGCCCCCCCCCCCUCCGGACCAUCAACCCACUGCCCAGGCAUCAUAAGCAAUGCAAUAAACCACGCAACGAAUGUGCCAUGUCAUCAACUUAGGUGUUUGGAGAAUGUGCCAUAUCUCUUCACAUUUUCAUACUCCGCCUGUGUUCAUUUUCUGUUGUGCUGUUUGAACAUGAAUUAUACAUCCGUAAAUGUUUUAUGGAUUUGUGAUUUGUUCUGCCAGACUAAGUCUCAAGUCAACUAGACGCUUGUGUUCAGUCCAGCUCAGCUUUCGAGGGUUAUCUUAAAUCCUCUUUAUUCCUCAUCUCCCAAAGCACAGCAAGACAUCACUGGCCACGAGCAGACUAAAUGAAAACAUGAAUGUGGAUGAGCGGCGGUGGUUCACUGCGGAGCUGCGCACAAGCGUCUGGUGUUCAAAGAUGUUUGUGCUGCGGGGAUUCCCCGCGUUGUUUGGAUAUACGACACAAAACCAUGUCCAUAUCAUAUCUUCUUUAUAAGAAGACGACUCAAAUGCACCUUUGCUGACAACAGUUUGUUUCAAGUGGCUGAGCAUUUUAGGCUCCCAGGACUGGUACACAACGUGACACAACUCGAAAGGAGGGAUGCUUUUUGACUCAGCAGGGAAACGGGACUAGAGCUUCCUCUUUUUUUUCCGUGGAUGUGCGGCUUGAACAUGCAAUUUUAUUAGCUAAUGAACGGGUAGAGGUGCAAACAGACUGCUGAGGGGUUGCUAUAGUGCACUGAGUAAAGGAUUUAUUUAUAAUUUUGAUAACAGCAGCUUAUUUUUGUGGAUGCUUUAGCACUUCUUACGUUGCGAGAGCAUAAUGGUGAUGAUGUUCACAAGUUCAGAUACAUUUGUCUCAAUGUGCUUGUGCAAGUAGUUCUAUUUUUUACCAAUAAAACUAUUUUGUGAAACGCCUGCUGGUUGGAUGUUCCGUGCUUGCGUGUGUGUCGCGAUAAGUAACAAGAUAGCAGUGGUCCUCUUGCCAAAUCUACAGAUUGCAGGAUGGCAGGGGCUCUGAUGCGAGUAGGCAGCACUCAGAGACAAAAGCCCCACCAGCCCAACUAAAAUAAGCAUCAAUAAAACAUAACGGAGAGCAAAUGGGUUUUAAAAAGAGGAAUUCUUGUUGUAAUACAAGACUUUCCAGUCCCUUCACUGACACUGCAGCACAAGCUGAUGAAUGUGUUUCUCUUUCUGUCUUAAAGAAGUGUAAAUCAUGCAUAUUUUGGAGACAAAAAAACUGUCCCAUUGUCCCAGCUAACAUGGGUUGACAACGCCACAUCAAGAUUUAGCUUCACACCACUGCCUUUUUUUCUCCACAAAAACCUUUUCCAUCAAGUACUGUAGACUAUGGAAGAUAAGAUAGAUAAGCCUCCCUUUAAUUGUGAUCACACUUAUAAAUGACAUUCACUUUGCUUUACAUUUUUCAAUUCAAUUCAUGUUUGUUGCAGUACCAAACAUUCACAACAAAACUACUGUAUAAACAUCUAGACACAACAGUUUCAGACAACAGAAUUACGGUAGCUAGUUUCUGUGAAUUUUACCGAUUAGAAACCAAUAAGCAUUUAUUGUAAACAGUCUAAACACAUUGCGAACAGACUUCCAUUUUUUUUUUUUCGUACAGUAAACCUUGCAUUAGAGCCAGGAGACACUCACUCACUGCCCCACUUGCUCACUCACACUACCAGGUGAUCCUGCCAGGAGCAUAUGCUCCUCUCAAAGAUGAAGCCAUGCAAGCCUAAGUACACUUUGCCAGUACAGUGAAACUGGCACUAGUUCAGGUGCAGUGCAGAAAACAUCCUCUUCUCCUUGCCAACACUACCCUGCUCUCUAAUCUAACUCUACUUUAUGAGCAAUAUUUUUAUUAAACUAGGUGAAAUACCCGUUAUCUAUCAGAAUAACAAAUCACUCUGUCACUCAACAAAUAUUAAUCUACAGUACAUCUGAAUAUUACACCAUCAGAACAGACUAUCAGACUUUCAAUCACCAAUAGCUCUAGCUCUUAGUUGUACAUCGCAUGGCAUGAACAAAAAACAAAACUACUUUUUUCACAUGCUCUGAACCCUGAGAAUUUAACAACAAUAUGGCUAAUAUAUGGAAUUGCCCAGGCAAACAAGGUUCAUGCUGCCGGGA